AUGGUGUUCUGUUAUCACUGUCAGGAUGACUGCCCGUAUAUACAGGACCCUGACAACGGGAUCACAUGUUGUGGAAUGUGCGGGAAGGUUUUUGAUGAGCACAUUUUUGAGGUUGGGCCUACUUUUGUCAAGAACUCCUCGGGACAGAGCGAAAUGGCUGGAAAAAUAAUUGAAGGCGUUGGGAGUGGCUGUUCUAUAUCCCGUGAAAGAACUGAAGCAAAAGGGAGAGAUGAGAUUUGGCAGAUUGUCCAUGGUUUGCAUGUGAGCGGUGGAGAUGAUAUCAUUUGCACUGCUCAUAACUUUUAUAAACUAGCUCUUGAUAAUGACUUUACUAAGGGACGUCGAACAAGUCACGUUGCAGCCGCUUGUCUUUACAUUGCCUGCCGGCGAGGUGAAAAACCUUAUCUUCUUAUUGAUUUCUCAGACCAUUUGCAAAUAAGUGUUUAUGUCCUAGGUGGUGUUUUUCUGCAGCUUUGCCAGGUUUUGUUACUCGGAGAACACCCAAUUGUUCAAAAGCUUGUAGAUCCUAGCCUUUUCAUCCAUCGUUUUACUGAACGUUUACUGGGAAAAAGGGACAAUGCUGUCUCGGACACAGCUUUACGCAUUGUAGCUAGCAUGAAGCGAGACUGGAUGCAGACUGGGAGGAAGCCAAGUGGUUUAUGUGGUGCAGCAUUAUAUAUCGCGGCACUUUCUCACGGAUAUGAUUACACCAAGGCAGAUAUUGCUGCUGUUGUGCAUGUCUGUGAGGCAACGCUAUCUAAGCGCUUAGUAGAGUUUGAAAAUACAGAUUCUGGUAGCUUAACGAUUGAAGAUUUUUUGGCAAAGGCUGAUGAAGAGACGGUUCCAAAAUGUUCAGCCAAGUAUGGAGACGUCCUUUGUGAGCACAAGGGUGCUGAGCAUUUUUCUCAUGGACUUUGCGAGGAAUGCUACUACAAUUUCACUGAGCUGUCAGGUGGACUGGAGGGUGGUGCUGACCCUCCAGCUUUUCAGCGAGCUGAAAAAAAAAGACAUGCUGCUGCUAAAAGAGCUAAGGAUUCUUCUGUAGUCGACACAACAUUAUGUGAGUUACAUAGUUCUGAUGUUGAGCAUAACAUCAUGAGCCCUGGGAAGAACUGUGUAGGCAAAUCUUCGACAGGUUGUUCCAGUCAAACUGCAAAUGAUUUUGAAGCUCCCAUCGAUCCUGAAGUGGAAGGUGAAAAUGGUAAAGCUGAUUCUGAUCCUGAAAAUCUUUCUGAUAUUGAUGAUGUGGAGGUUGACGGGUAUCUUCACAACGAGGAAGAAACACAGAACAAAAAGGUUAUCUGGGAGGAAAUGAACAAAGAAUACCUAGAGGAACAAGCUGCAAAGGAAGCUUUAGCGGCUGAAUUGGCAGCGAGAGGUAUAUCUGUUGGAGAGGGACAACCGAAGAAACGGAAACGUAAGGAGGACAAGAACUCCACACCUGCUGAAACACCAGCAGAAGCAACAUGCAACAUGUUGAAACGGAAGGGACUUGGGUCAAAAAUCAAUGUUGAAGCUGUUAGUGGAUUGUACAAUACUGAAGAUGAAGUUGGCAAAGCAAAUGGCAAAGAUGACAUACACUUUGACGAGGAAUAUGAACAGGAUAUCGGUUAUGGUGAAACAUUUGAUGCUAGUUACGACUAUGGUCACGAUGCUGAUUACAACUAUGAAGGCUAUGUUGAUGAGGGUGGUGGCGGAGUCUAUGAUGAUUAUCAUGACACUGAUUACUAG